AUGUUGUCUGGCCGGUUAAUCUUCGUCGUCGGCGUCGCAUUGAUCGCCACCGCCCAAGCCGGCCUGUUCGGCUUUGGUGCCCGAUCGAUUCAAGACAAUGCCGAAUGGCGUCGCUACCAUGAUCAAGAUGCAUUGGAAGCCAAAUUGUUGCAGGUCUCCAAGAAGUGCAGCAACAUCUCACGUUUGUACAGUAUUGGACAGUCGGUUGAGGGUCGGGAUUUGGUUGUGAUCGAGUUUUCGACCACUCCUGGUGUUCAUGAAGCCGGUAAGGAAAAGUUUUAGGUUUUGGAGAGGUUUGAUUCGGUUUUUGAGGGGAUGAUGUCAUACCUAGACGGAGGUUUAUUUUGUGUUAAGAAGCUUAUAUUUGUCAAAAUAGUUGGGCAAUUUAGUCGGGAAACAAAUAAGCUGUAAAUAGUCAUAAAAGUGUCACAAAUGUUUAAAAAUUUGAAAUUUUUUGAUAAAACUGGAGCUCAAAAAAUGAAUUACUAUCCCUUUAAAAUGCCACUUUUCAAAACUUUAUUUCCAGGCAAGCCCGAAGUGAAAUACGUUGGCAAUAUGCACGGCAACGAAGCGGUCGGCCGCGAACUGUUGAUCCGUUUGGCCGACUUUUUGUGCGAAGAGUUUCACAAUGGAAACAAAGACAUUGUCAAACUGAUUAACACCACCAACAUCCAUAUCUUGCCUACUAUGAAUCCGGACGGAUUCGAGUUGGCCUUGCAUACGGUAAGCUAAUCCAGCACUUUUCACACGUUUUGCAAAAUAUUUUGAAAAAUACGGUGGAACAUGGCGUGUACUUUUAAAAACAUGGUGAUAUUUAACUUUUAAUGUAAAAUCUUUUAGUAUAUUAUAUGUUAUAUAGUAGAAUUGUUGUAUAACGACUUGCCCUGCCUUUGCCCUGCCUUUGCCCUGCCUUUGCCCUGCCUUUGCCCUGCCUUUGCCCUGCCUUUGCCCUGCCUUUGCCCUGCCUUUGUUUCAAAAAUGUUUUCAUUAGUUAUCAUAAAAGCUAUUUUUAAAUUUCUUGCAAAAUUUAUCCACUAAAGUUAGUUUCAAAAGUGUUUUUGAUAGUUUAUGCCCUUUUUGAAAGUUUCUUCCUAAGGCAAUCAAGACCAUUGACGCACUCAGCACUCUAGAAACGGAAAUUAAAUUCCUUGAAGAAUUAAAUUUAACAAAAAAACAACAAUGUUCAUGUCAUUGGGAUAGGUUCCGCAAUCUUUUUUGUUUACUUUUAACUCUAAAAUUUAAAACAUUCAGAAAAAAGUCAUUUUUAGGUAACUUAUGUCUAGUUUUAUCUAUUUUCAUAGCUUUAAAGUAAGAAAAACUAUGAUAAUAUACCAAGCUAAGGCUAGAAAUUAAAGUUUAGAUACUGCACACUAUAAAAGUUUGAUCCCAUUUAGCCUAAUAAAUUUAAAAAGCCUAAAAACGUAAUGUUUCAGAAGCCAGAAGACCGUGGAUGGCUUGUAGGCCGUGCCAACGCCAAUGGCCGCGACUUGAACCGUGGCUUCCCUGAUUUGGACAAGCUUUUCUUUGUCUUGGAUGAACAAAAGGCUGGCCGGUACGAUCAUCUCCUUGACAUCUUCAAUGACGAACAACAGAACGUGAGUUUAUCAAAAUUGGCAGUACAUUUGCUUUUGUAAAACAUUUUUUAUCUUGUAAAAUACGUUUGCGUAUCAUUUUCAGUACGAACCAGAAGUCAAGGCAGUAGGUCAAUGGACCCUCUCCCUGCCCUUCGUCCUCUCAGCCAACCUCCACGAAGGUGACCUCGUAGCCAACUACCCCUUCGACGCCUCCAUCGUCGAAGGCAUGAGCGAAUACUCCAAGUCUCCGGAUGACACCACCUUCAAGCACCUGGCCCAGACCUACGCCAACAACCACGCCCACAUGGCUAAGAACGACCAUGCCCCAUGUGAUGGUACCCCAUCGGACAACUUUGCUCGUCAUGGUGGUAUCACAAAUGGUGCCAAAUGGUACUCCGUCAGUGGUGGAAUGCAGGACUUUAACUACUUGGCCACGAAUGCUUUUGAAAUCACUUUGGAGUUAUCUUGCCAGAAAAUGCCUCCGGCUGAAGAACUGCCCAACUUCUGGACCGACAACAAGAAGGCUCUUCUGGAGUUCAUGUGGAUGGUGAGUUUAGAUCUUUUAGUUUAUAAAAUGCUUUUAAAAUUGCUUUUAAAUUUAAAAAUACAUCGUUUAGAAUGCUAAUAUCACGUUUUCACAUAACUUUUUAAGCAAAAAUGAUCUUUUUACCUUACUUUUCUGCCAAAAAACGUCAUUUUAAACCAAAUUUUUCGUAAUAAACCCUUUUUGAAAUUAAAAAAUAAAAUUUUAGAGCCACAUGGGUGUAAAAGGACUGAUUGUUGCCCAAGUAACUGGCAAACCCAUCCCCAACGCUGUUGUAUGGAUCCGCAACUUGACCUCAUCCAAGGAUGAGACCCCAAUCAAGCACCCCGUUACCUCUUGUAAGUCAAUUCUUUGGUCACUAUCGUCUAUUGAAUUACUUCAAACACAAUUUUUUAUAUUUUAAAAUCAAUUUACUACUAUGAAAAGAAAUUAAAAAAACAAAAGUUUUGAUUUUGUUACCUAAAAUUACAAAUUUUUAAGCUUUUUCGACGAUUUUUCGCGGUUUUCAAAGAAUUUUGGGUAAUCAUAACAUUUUUGAUAGCUAAAUCAAAACAGAUAAAGCGCCUAAUUAUCAAUAUCUUCUUUUUCAGCCCUGGCCGGUGACUAUUUCCGUCCCAUCAUCAAUGGCGAAUACCAAAUCGCGGUCGAAGCCGAGGGUUAUCAACCAGAAAUGCGCGCUGUUAACGUUACCAACAAGCAACAUGGCCAAGCCCAGAUCAUCAACUUCCAGUUGAAACCUCUUCAACCAGCCUUGGAGAUGGAGAAUGCCAUCGGUGACAUUCCUCAGCUUCCAUACAUCCCCAACGAACUCAUCCAACCUGAAAGCGAGCAAGAACAACAAACGUUGAGUGAGGAGCAGGCCAUCGAAUUGAUGCGCUUGGUUCAGGCGGCUCGUCAACAAAACCAACCCCCAACUUACUACUAA